UAUAAUUAUGUAAUGGACAGGCGUUGGAUCUAAAAGAAAUACAUACAGUCACUCCCGGUUGGAAAGAGAGGUCAGCAACAGAGACGGGCCACUUGCCUUGCUGCAACAUGUGGCUUGUCAACGCGUUUUGAUUUUGUGAUCAUUAUACCAUACGAGCCUCACUCUCAGAUGAUGUCUGCUCUCACACCCUAAUGCCGCCAUCGUCUCCAUGAACGUUCGAUUCCCCCUUUGUUCCUCUAUUUUGUUUGUUAUUAUUAUUAUCUCUUUUUGGAAGAUUGAUUUUUUUUUGACGAUUUCUCGAUCUUUGAAAGGACGAGAACGGAGCCUGUCAAUAGAUCUGUGCAUUAAUAUAGCGAGAUGGACUGCACGUUAUACUCCUUUCUGUCGGGUGUUCAGACGUUGCGAUAUCAUUGUGCCACCUAACGUCUCUGCCCGUUUCCCCUUCUUUCCUCUUCCCCUCUUUCAUUUUGGUCUGUCUCUGGUUUUGUUUCCCCUAUUCUGCACUCAGCAGCGGCGCGCCAUAAGCAUCUCUAUCUUAGUCUGUCUGGUUUUCCUUCCUUCAUGUAUACACUUGAACUAUUGGGUAAUCUUAUUUGAUUCUGGAAUUUUGGUCUCCGAGAAUAAGCCUUCAUUCUUCACUUCCUCUGUGGUUAGUAUCUUAUAGUGGGUUACCUAGUGAUGUCUUGGAGAUUUGGUGGCUGGUCUUCAAAGCUUAACAACAUCUGAGUGGUUGGUGCGUUGUUCGAACAGAUCGUGUUCCUAAUGGCAGAUGUGGAUGGACACUGUCGAAGAUAACG